CAUUAGGUAUUCUCAAGGUAUUCUACAUUGCCAAUAUAUUAAAAGUAAGAUUAAAAGUUACAUAAUAUUAUCCAGAUGUUAUCUAAUCUCGAACGUGAUUUAAAAUAAUUAAAAUACAUAAAACAAAAUACUUUAAGGAAAAAGUUAGUGCGUGUAUCCGAUCGCAUAGCAUUUACGGAUGACGUAAUGAUAGACGCCUCGUGUUAUGUGGGCGGCGGCAUGCACGCCGCCAUUUUGUUCACAACAGUUUGCAAUGGAUUGCGUUCGCAUUUCAGGCCACAGAAAUAAAUAAUUAUUUUUCGUGUAUUUAAGUAAUGUUCUAGAAUAAAUUAAUAAAUUACUUUUUUCUUAAAUUCUAAAAUAAGAUUCGUAAAUGCAAUGUGUCAAUAUGUCAUCUAAAGUAAAUGUCAAGUCAAAUGUCAAACUUAAAUCUAACAAAACACGUGGAUUGUGGUCUGUGGAAUAAAAUAAUCGAAAAGUAAGGAAAAAGUAUACAAAAUAAGUGUUAUCAAUAUCAUUCGGAUAAUAUACACACAUUAUGAUAAUUCAAGAAGAAAAUGAAAUGCCUAUGGAAGCCCCUGUCAUACAUGAAAGUGAUAAUGUUAUAAAUAAAUGCGAUAACAAUGAAAAACAAAACAAAUGUUCAAAAUCCAGAAAGCGACGUAAAAGCAAGAAUGAUUUGGAACCAAGUUCUCUUCAGAGUGAAAUUUCAACCUCAAAUUCCACAGAAAUAAGUCAAAAUGACUUAGAAGAGCUAAGGUCUGUGUAUAACAAGUGUAAAGCAGUUAUUAAGAAAAUUGAGACCAAGUACGGUCAUUUACUGAAUAAUGAUGAUAGUUCCAACUCCGAAACCGAUCGAAAUAUUGAAACCAGUAAGUGUGAAUGUACAUUUAACAAAAGAAUUGUUUUUGAUGAAAACGGGCAGCAAAUAACACAAGAAUUUGUGCCAGAUAUGCAUAUUUGCCCUAAAAGACAGAAAUUCCAGCCUUCUACGACAACACCAAGUAUGUCAAGGUCCAAUGUUCAAAUAGAGGAUAAAAACUUUCUUGAUUCACUUCCAGGUGACAUAAAAAGUCUCUGUGACAUAUUAAAGGACCCCAAUAUAGAUAUUGUGUAUAGAAAUAAGGUGAUUGAGAAAAUAAAAAUAUUACGAUUAGAUAAUUUUAAUACCAUGCGAUUUGAUAGAAAAUUGUUAAUAGAAAGUAUGAAGUUAAAACCAGAAGAAUUUUUUGAAUUCAAGGGAUCAAAUUUAUCAUCGCUACCUGGAUAUCCAACAAAACCAAGUGAAGAAGUUGAAAAGUAACAUUGUUCUCAGACAUUAAUGUAAAGAAUUAUAUCUCGGAAUAUAUAAUAAAGAAGUCAAACUUUCUGAAAUAAGAUCAUUUGACGAUCACAUAUGUGACACUCUUCUUGUUAAAUACAAGAAUUUACGAAACAAUUGCUUUUGCAAUUUUAUUAUAUAAUAAAGUGUGUUGUACUCACAAAAUGAAUUUUGUUAAAAUCCUGUAUUUUUAUAUGAGUAAGAAUAUAUUAAAGGAAGUGCCUUAUAA